GAAGUGCAGCGUGAUAAAAAACGCCGUGACUGAGGGGAGUGACUGUGGAGCUGUAGCUAGCAUCAAGCUACUGUUUUAGAAAAAUAAAAUAACAUUAAAAUAAAAAUGUCUGACGAUGAUAAAUUACCGCCCGGGUGGGAGAAGCGCAUGAGCCGGAGUUCAGGCAGGGUGUACUACUUUAACCACAGUACGAAUGCGAGUCAGUGGGAGCGGCCGAGUGGAGGUGGCGGUGGGGCAGCGGCGGUGGACAAGGUGCGCUGCUCUCACCUGCUGGUCAAACACAACCAAUCACGCAGACCGUCGUCAUGGAGACAGGAGAACAUCACACGCACCAAAGAGGAAGCUCUGCAGCUCAUACACAGGUAUAUAGAUCAGAUAAAGUCUGGGGAGGAGGACUUCGAGACGUUGGCAUCUAAGUUCAGUGACUGCAGCUCAGCACGCAAUGGAGGAGACCUCGGCAUGUUCGGCAGGGGUCAGAUGCAGAAGCCGUUUGAAGAAGCCUCGUUUGCGCUGAAGAUCGGAGACAUGAGCGGUCCGGUGUUUACUGACUCCGGGGUUCACAUUAUCCUACGUACAGGAUAACUCUCAUCCCUUCAUCCCUCUCUUUCUUCUCUUAUAUUCCACUUCACAUAAAAGUCCAUGGACUUCAAUCUAACACACACACACACACACACACACACUUUCCCCUAGGGUUACACACACCACACUCAGUCACUUUUAGGUUGUUUACAAUGAAGUGUCUGUAUUAAAAAUAAAAUUGGCCAACACAAUAUAAAGGUUCUCAGACUUCAUCUAAACCCCCCUGAUUCUUGUUCCUGCUCUCUCUUAUUACCUUCAUCAUAAUGUGUCCAGGACACAGUGUCUGACCUGCAGCGAUGGAUAAUGACCAAUAAAUAGAAUCUCAUGAUGAAUACAGGUUUGUCUUUCUGAGCCCUGUAUUAGCUGAACAAGUUUUUCCUCUUCUGUGUAGGUAAAUGUCUAAACAGGAAAAUCUUAGAUAAUGCAGAACUCAGAAAUGUGCUAAAAGUGCAGCCUUCUCCUUUCAUUUCCAGCCAAUCAUCAUGUGACUUGGGAAUGAUUGACAGCUACAUUCAUGCUCUUGAAAAUAUUUCCACUGCAUUCGAUUAAGGUGUGUGUUCAAGCUAGAAGGCGUUUCUGAUGUUUAUCAGCCCUGUGCAGUUACAGAGUUAAAUAUGAUUGAUCUACAGUAAAAGCUGCUAGAAACUCA